ACAAUUAAUUUGGACCUAUCAGAGAUUACUUCGCAAUGUUAAAUAAUUUGAUAGACGACCUUUAAGGGGAAUUACGCUUUCGCUCGCGCUAAAUUUCUUAGCUUGAAAAACUGCCUCGGAGGAUCUCGAGUGCAUCCUAGAUGGCAAACCAGAAGAGAGAAGGCGAGAGAGCGUAAUAACGUCUCGCCCGUCCCUCAACGAGCGGUUUUCACAAAAGGGUCCCGUCCGUUCGGCCGAUAAGAGGAACUUUCCAUAAUGCAAAACUUUGAAGCCGGCUUAAUUUUCCGGCGCCAUAUACAGGGAUGCUUAUUGAUCGUGGUCGCCCGGAGAGGACUUGUUUUUCUUCCUGCUCCACCGCCCGCUUCCACCGCUCUCCAGGGGAUGUAAAUUUGACGAGCCCGGGCGAGCCGAACCGAGCAGCAAGCAGAGACUCGGGGAUCGUCGAGAUCGCUGAUACGAAGGGAAGAUCUCAAUGGCGAUCGCGAUGGGGAGCAUCCUCGAAAUUCCGAGCGCAUCUUCGACGGAGCGUGUCGAGGGCUGGACGGCGAGACUCGUCUAACGUCGUCCGGUCGAAUCGAGUCAGUGGGCCGAGGCGAAUUUAGCCGCGACAACCCCCUCCCCCCCCCAAACAAGAAAGAUGUAAUUUCAUUCUCGCGCGUCGUACUUGGGGACGUGCGCGCAGCGUGACGUGAAUAAGUCGGAGAGUAGUCGGCGCGUCGGAUCGAGGCGAUCGUUGACAUCGACGAGGCCCGAAGCGUAAAAUGCGGCGCGUCCCGCUCUGAGGAAGAUGCUGGUGGAUGACUGCGGCAGCGGAAUGGGGUGGACUACGACUAGCGUGCGCGGGGGUUGGUCCACCCCGGGAGGAUGCAGAAACUCAGCCAUGAGCUUCGGGGGCAGCGUACCGUCGUUGCACCCGACCGGCUCGAUAAGAUCGUUGCGCUCGCAACAUUCCAUGCAGGCUCCGCCCGAGACACCGCGAAGAUGCAUACAUUGUCAUCCGGUACAUGUCCCCAGCACCCCCAAUAAUUACAUGCAACACCCUAUGCAAUACUACACGCCGACUCAUUGUAUAGAGGGUCAGAAUGGCACGUAUACGCCGCAUCGUGGGAGUUCGUAUCACGGCGAUACUCGUCUGCGCUACAUGGACGCCGACGAGAGCAUGGGCGGCAACACAAACUGGGUUCUGGGCGACCUACGCAGUUUGCAUCGUUGCGUGCCUGCACUUCGUCGCACAGGCAUAGACGUCGCCGGUAUGCGAGCGCACUUCUAUCCUGAGGGCGGAUGGGGCUGGCUUGUGUGCGCCGCCGGUUUCCUCGCCCUGUUGCUCACCACCGGGAUGCAGCUUGCCUUCGGACUGCUGCGCCUCUACGCUGCACGACAUCUCGGUGAACUGCAUCUGAUGGACAUAGUAUGGGCAGGAGCGUUGAGCGCCGCGGUUUCUCGCGGUUCGGCGCCGCUGGUCGUCGGCGCGUGUCGUCGCGGCAACACAAGGCUCACGGCGGUAAUCGGCGGCCUCGUGUUGGCCCUGGCUUCGCUCUUCACCUCCUUCGCCCUUCAGAUGCAUCAAGUGCUUCUUAGCUACGGACUGGUGCUGGGCACCGGGGCCGGCCUCGUGAGGGAGACCGCCAGUCUGGUGUUGGGCAAUUACUUCCGAAAACGGCGGGAGUUCGUCGAGAUGGUGGUGCAGGCCGGCACCGGCGUGGGAAUUGCGCUCUUCAGCGUCUUCUACAAGGAGGCCGUAGGGAAGCUGGGCUGGAGGCUGGGGCUUCAGUCGGUAACGGGCGCACUCUCGUUGGCCUUCUUCCUGGGGCUGAUUUACCGGAGUGCCUCGCUGUACCAUCCGCAACGGCGCGCCAUACUGCAUCUGAAGAAUCAGCGCGGUAAGGUGAAGGAGAAGAAGUCCACGAGCAAGGUACCGAGGCAGCCGCUGGUCGACCUGAGUCCCCUGGGAUCACGCCCUGUGAGGAUGCUGAUGCUGGCCGCCGGCGCUGCCGGUUUCGGUCUUUACACCCCAGCCUUCUAUAUCGCGCUGCAGGGCUACCAGGACGGGUUGGAGGCCAGCGCGCUGGUGUUACUGCAGACCUGUCUGGGCUUGGCGGCGGCUCUGGGAUGCGCGGCAUGGGGGGUAGUUACCGCCAGACCUUCCGCUCAGUGCCUAGUGUCCAGGCAAUAUCUCUGCCAAGCGGCGCUCAUCGGGGUCGCUAUAGCUCAAGUGGCGCUCGGUAGCGUGCAAGGAUAUCACGGACUUGUACUGGCCUCCGGGCUUUACGGCGCUUCACUCGGCGGCGCGCUCUACUCCCUCAAGAUGUUAGCUCUGGAAAGACUGCGGGCCAGACACUUCGCCAGAUCGUGGGCUCUGGUGCAAGCCGCGGAAGCUCUACCGAUCCUUCUCGGAGUUCCUCUCACAGGUUACAUGAACGCGAGCAGCCCGCGGGUGGGCUACUACGCGUGCACCCUGAGUUCCUUGUGCGGCGCGGCGCUGCUCUUCCUAGUCGGCUGGGGGCGGCAGCCGGCCUCGCCGAUUCUACCGGGACCGCGGCUGACCAGCCUCGGCGUCGUGCCGCCGCCACCACCGUGCGCCUGUCCGCCACCGCCACGGCCUCGGCUACCCAAGUCGCAGUCCCUGCACGUGCCGUUGGACGUGCUGGAGGACAACAUGCGGGAGCGGGACUUUGAGCGGAUGCACGACGCCGAUCAUUACUACCACACCCAUCAGUUCCACGCGCCGCUUAGGCCCAGCAAGAGCGUGCCGGAAGGCCUCAGCCAUCAGGACCCGUAUCGGACGCGACCGCGCCGUCACCGCGAUAUCACCGUCAUCGAGCAGAUCACCACCAGCGUGUAGAUUGCGCGCGGACGGUACCCCGACCUCGAGUCCGCGACCCUGACCACUCGUCAGGUCACCGCGACGGACACUGUGUUUGUUUUAGCGCGGGCGAAGCUUUUGCCGUUGUUUCGUGGUCGCGCCUCACUGAGGUUACGAGCCGCGGUUACACACAGACUUACAAACUCCGCGAAUAUCAUUUUCUCGAGAGUCGCGAUUUAUUUAUUUACGGCGGGUGUGUGCAUCAUCCCUUUCUACGUGCGGUCUAUGUCUUGCUAUUACAUUGCAUCGUUGCAUUAUAUUCUCCCUGGCGUCGUCUUCCGUUUUCUUCUUGGCGUUUGUCGUACAACCGUAAUCUUCCGGAAAAUUUAGGGUCGCUCUUUAGGAAGGUUGGGGACCAUUAGCGUAAAAGCCGGCGCGCAGUUGCAAGGUAUAAGCAGAAGGUGAAAUAGUGGCCGUGAAACAAAAAAGUGUAAUGACGCGUAGUAUGCGCGUGAAGAGAAUAUCCGUGUAAACCGAGGGAGAAUUAUAGAAGAAGCUCUCUCUUUCUCUCUCUCUCCCUCUCUCUUCUAUAUAAAUUCUCACACAUUUCUUUCCUGCUGUAAUAGCUGCUAAAAACACGAUCGACUGCGCUGAGCAUCGGUAAUGAAGUUUACAUUAGUCUAUAUCGAAUAGAAAUCGAAUUGAACGUGUUGCGCGCGUUUAGCAAAGUAUUUAUUCGUGUUGAUACGUUAGCUGAAGUAUUUACUGCCACGCGAAAGAACAUGCUAAAUGCAACUCAACGACGAGAUCGGCUGUGAAAAGAGGAAGUUUAACCCCCCUCCGUUCUUCUUCUUUUAACGAGAAGGAAAGGAACGCAUAUAUAGUUUCUGUCUUUUCCAAUAAUUUAUUCUCUCCUCGCGGAAUUUUAUAAUUUUACCAUCGAUUUUGUCGAACGUCUAACCGUUUGAAGCACGAUGGUCUCACCGUGGGAUCAUCUAUUAGAACCAAAUCAUAGCUUUAGGCUAUCUCGCGACGAAACCAUCGCUUAGCCUGUGCAUUAGUAAUGCACUCUAUCGAUUUUUUAUGUUAGCUCGUAGUGUUCGCUUCAGUUUGCGCGUUUAUUCUUUAAGAAUAGGAGAAUAGAAAAAAUUGAUUUCUAAUGAUCUGUCAGGUUGUCGACAUGUGACAUGAAUAUUUUAUUAGAAUCUGAAUUUUGAGGGCCUUGUGUUUCAAAGGUUUAAGAAAUACAUCGUGUAUGUGCAUGUGUGCAUAUGCGUGUACAUGUUCGUCGCUUGUCAAGCAAGGAAUAGCUUAGGUACUCCGUCAAAUUGGAACUUCCUGGCUGUUAGGCAUGCCUCGUCAUUUGCAUUAUGCAUUUCGACUAUUUCGUGUAGCAAGUUUGAUGUAAAUUCGCGACACGACUCGUGCCUAUCGGCGGCCACUUUGUCGCGUUGAGUAUGCGAUUAAUUGCGUGCGAAUAGUAAUCGCGCGAGUAUUAUGUUAUGGGCUGAUCGAUAUCUUCCCUAUCGUGUAGGGUGUGUUUAUGAGGAAAAAAUAGCGUUUAUAUAUACAUAUAUAUAUAUAUAUAUAUAUAUAUAAUAUAUAUGUUAUGCACACGUUGAUUGAGAACGAUCAACCGCACCCGUCGUUACGUUUCUCGAUAGAUGGAAAUAUAUGUAUGAUGCACGGAGCUGGUCUCCGGAAAUGUCGCCGUAGGAGGUUUGAAUCGUUGAAUAUUGAUAAAGAUUUAAAGCACCGCGGACAUUACCAGAACGAGGCGAGAUGUCCGGGUCAAAAUGGGGACGAAAGAGAUCCCCCGCGGAUGUGGCGGGCGAAAUUAUCGACUAGACUCGCGAUGAAUCGUGGCGUUUGAUUCACGCGUCAUAGACCUCUGGCAACUGGUAUCGAAUUCAUUCGCGCUCAAUCUCUGUUCGAUUUUAGAUACCUUCAGCGCGAAAUUGAGAUUCACGUACGAGUAGCUGUAGUGACCGUGCGCUUCUUAACUUCGUGUCCAAUUCGAAUGCCAAGGAGCGGCGUUUACGCAGCUGCGUAUCAUCGCAGGCAGCUGUCGCAUUUUAGUCGUAUUAUUAUUAAAGUAUUGGCUUUGUUGCUGUCGAGACGCGUAAAGCCAAGUAAUCGAAUUUUCACAUACUCCACGAUAACAUAAUUAGUACCUGAAUAUUAAGUGCUCUAAGUUUCUAGUGAAGUGGGUGAUGGUGGUGGCAACUCAAUUAUUCCUAUUCUGUCGCGUACUCUUACGCGUACGCGUAACACGCCUUCGCUACAUGUCGAAAGUCAUCGUUACGCAUUGACGCGCAAAACCAACUACUCCCUGUUCAUUUUCUCGCGCACAGUUGAUUGCGAUCGACUUAAAAAACAAAAAAAAAAUAAAAUGUAGAGUAUAUCGCGGAGGUAAUUACUGACUAUAAAAUAGUAGUGACGUAGCGACGUAGAUCGUAGCCUGUCGCGACGCGGACAGUCGGAAGAUGUAGGAAGGUAUUUAUUGAGUGUCCAUCAACGAGGCGACGCUCCGAAAUUUGAUAUUCGCCGUCGUAAUAAAUUUGAUAUUCGUCGAGCGAUUAUAAAACCGAAGAGUUCCGCGCAAGUGAGAUUCAGUUGGAAUGACACGCAUCGCGCUAUGUCGAUGAUGAUUCAAUCUCCGGAACAGAGUCUACGAUUCGUCAUUGAAGGAUAUCAAUCGAAGUACAUCCCUUAGCUCUUAUACGUUUUCUACGCGUUUUUAUUCCUCGUGCGUUGUUAGUUUCGUCCUCUCAAGUUAACAGAGUCGUAUAAACGAAACAUAUAGUGGAGAAAUCACAUUGCUAGAGCGAGGGUGUGCGAUAUACGGGGCCAAAUUUAGGUUUCGGAUAUCAACUGGCAUCGCUUAAUAUCCGAAUAAACGUACAGUCAAAUUGAGUCUCUCUCUCUCUCUCUCUCUCUCUCUCUCUCUCUCUCUCUCUCUC